UUCUUGCUCAGAAAGCUAACAGAUGCUUUUCUGUUAACUCAAACGUCUUCUUCAUCUUCCCCAAUCUCCCAUUCUCUCUUGCUAGGGUUUACAUCAAACUUCUCAAUCACGUUAGAUCUAACAAAUUCAUCCAUUCCGAUCUGCAAUUCGGAUCAAAUAUGGAAUCAGGAGGUAGUUUAGACUCGCAAAUCGAGUCGCUGUUGAAUGUUGAGAAGCAGAUGAGACUAAACGGCGACGUUGCUGGUACGAAGAAGGCUGCGAUUGAUAUUCUUCAGCUUUGCUUUGAAGCUCGUGCUUGGAAGACGCUGAAUGAUCAAAUUGUUGUGUUGUCGAAGCGGCGUGGUCAGUUGAAGCAGGCUGUCACUGCUAUGGUCCAACAAGCAAUGCAGUAUAUUGAUCAGACACCAGAUAUAGAAACCAAGAUCGAGCUAAUCAAAACACUCAAUAGUGUAUCUGCUGGGAAGAUUUUUGUUGAGAUCGAGAGAGCUCGUUUAAUCAAGAGGCUAGCUAAGAUCAAGGAGGAACAAGGGCUAAUAGCUGAGGCUGCUGAUUUGAUGCAAGAAAUUGCGGUGGAAACUUUUGGUGCAAUGGCAAAAACCGAAAAGAUUGCAUUCAUUCUGGAACAAGUUCGGUUAUGCUUAGACCGUCAGGAUUAUGUGCGUGCACAAAUACUUUCUAGGAAAAUUAGCCCUAGAGUUUUUGAUGUUGACCAGUCAAAAGAAAAGAAGAAGCCAAAAGAAGGUGAGAGUAUUGUGGAAGAGGCUCCUGCUGAUAUACCAUCAUUGUUGGAAUUGAAACGAAUUUAUUAUGAACUAAUGAUACGGUACUAUUCACACAGUAAUGACUACCUUGAAAUAUGUCGAUGUUAUAAAUCGAUAUAUGAAAUCCCUUCAGUCAAAGAAGACCCUGCAAAGUGGACACCGGUUUUAAGGAAAAUUUGCUGGUAUUUAGUACUAUCACCACAUGACCCGAUGCAGUCAAGUCUUUUGAACUCUACCCUAGAGGACAAAAAUCUCUCAGAAAUUCCUCAUUUUAGGUCUAUGCUAAAACAAGUGAUUACAAUGGAAGUGAUUCAGUGGACUACAUUGUGGAAUACGUUUAAGGAUGAGUUCGAAAACGAAAAGAAUAUGCUAGGUGGUUCUCUAGGUGACAAAGCUGCAGAAGAUUUUAGAGAGAGAAUAAUAGAGCAUAAUAUUCUCGUUGUCUCAAAGUACUACACACGGAUCACCGUAAAACGGCUUGCAGAACUGCUGUGUCUCACUAUUGAGGAAGCGGAAAAACAUCUUUCAGAUAUGGUGGUAUCGAAAGCGCUUGUAGCAAAGGUAGACCGACCAAUGGGCAUUGUUUCUUUCCAAACAGCGAAAGAUAGCAAUGACAUUCUAAAUUCAUGGGCAAUGAAUUUAGAGAAGCUUCUAGACCUUGUUGAAAAAAGUUGCCACCAAAUUCACAAGGAAACAAUGGUGCACAAAGCUGCCUUAAAGCUUUGAAGCACAUGCUCUGCUCUUGGCAUCACAUAAACACAUCAAAGUUGGUUUAGUGAUGAUCGAUCUUUGCCAUCGAGACGGAGAAUGGAGGCAGUUUGUUAAAAGGGGGUUGAGACAUACAUCAUCGUGUUACAUGACCGUUCUUUUUCUAUUUUCUAAAUUGUGAUUAGGUUGUUCAUUGUUGGUGGAUCGAAAUAGACGCUAGAUAACACCAUGUAAUAUCUUGUAGCUUGUUUGAAGUAUUCACCAUCUGUAUUGUUUUGAACUACGCUGGUUUUUCUUUAAAAACGAUGUGCAUGAUGGUGUGGUUCAA